AUGGUCCAUCCGUCGCACCAGCCUCAAUACUCGGUCUCGGUCGAAAAUGACGUAGGCCUUGGCGAGUGGCUGGACAAGCUUAACUCUAACCCGAGGCUGCGCGAAGAGUCUGCGUUUCUAAAGGAUGGCGUAGUCCAUCUGCUCUUAAACUUGGUGGAGAUAUGUGAGAGUGGCGUGGAUUUAGACCUGCUAAAAGAAGAUAUUACGACGAUAUCGAGCUAUAACACGAAGAGGGCGCCGCGACCGAACGAGGACGACAGUACAGCGGCCGCUUCUGGUCUGCAACGUAGUCGAAGUAGAGACGCCUCGACGGAGCUACCUGCGAAACGACGCCGGCGCCUCCCAGAUUCUAUAAUGAAGAAGGGUAAAGAAGACUCGGGAUGCCUACAGCCGUCCCAAGAAGAAGAGUCUACAGGCAGUCGAGGUUAUAGUACAACUCCGGCGAGCGGUGCGGAGCUCACCAGCUUUCGACCCACGGUUCGACAGCCGUUGGAAGACGAACAUGGGAUGUCCGGGCUCUCCUCGGGCGAGGAGGAUACGACGUUAGCAAGGAGGAAGGUCACGCGUAGGCGGGAGGCGGCAAGACGGAUACCAAAAACCUUAGAUGGCCUGCAGGAACGAUUAGCUGGGGGUGGUAAGCUAGACACGGCACGUAAAUCUAGCUACCUGGAUGCAAUGUUCCGGCUCAGGGAGGAGCUCAGUAACAGAACCGAUGUCGUUUUUCAAGAGGAAGAUUAUUACUCGAUUGGAGACCUCCUGUUCCACCGGAUUUUUGGGAACGAUGUGGAAAGCCGACUUUAUUACCUAAUCAGGGAGUAUGAUGCUGCUGGCGCUUAUAGACUCAAUCGCGCAAUAUGUCGGGUUGACAAGCUAGCGGAGAAACUUCAACAUUCGGGCGUAGACGAGUUGGCUUCGUUCGUCCGCAGCUGGGGAGAAGUAACUCAUACAGUCAGUAGCGCCGGCACGUCGGAGGGCCGCCUGCACGGCUACUGGAGGCAAUACGACCUGUGGAAGCGGUGGCACGAGCUGAAGGAGUUGGGCCAGGUUACCAGUCCCAAACGACUCUAG